AGACUACGCCUAUUAAGUUUCUUUUAAAAUCACAACCUAAUUAUAAACAACCUAACGAUAAUAUAGAAAACCUAAUGUAUACUGACGAUAAUGAAUUUUUAAGUUGCAUGUUUGGUACAACUACUACUAACCCUUUAAAUGAAGAUGAAAUUGAAAAAUAUUUACAGAUAAAAGAAAUUUCCUGA